AUGAUGGGCAAGAGAUACUGGCACUUCGAUCUUGUGCUCACGGCUCAGCAAGAGCCUGGCCAAAAGAACUUCGUAGUCAACCAGGAUGAGACGAAUCUCGCCACUGAUCUACUACAAAUCCUCGUCAAACAAGAUUUCUCCCGUGCCACCUUCCUGAGGCUACUCUUCUCAACGGAGGCUGGAACGAUCAUCAGGCCGGACUUCCUCUCCUACAGACUCCAUGGCUUUGAGGAUGCUCACAAGAUUACGAGCUUCCUCGCCCCAUUGUACUCCGUAGCAUCAACAAGCCCAGACCAAGCAAUCAAUGUCACCACAAAAGACGACUUCCUCUCCCUGCUCCGAAGCUCAGUCGGCGGCGUCAUUGCGCGCGCCACCGACCCCAAGGACACAUUCCAAGCCAUCCGCACCCGUCUAGACGAUGAUCUCACUAAGCGACUCUCCAUACCCUGGACAGUCCCACAGAAACUCACACAAAAGCGCGUUUUCUGGGUCCAAGGCCGCGCCAACAUCGAAGCAAGCCGGCAAUUCUACCAAGCCGCCCGCGCCCUCGGCAUCACCCUCGUCGUCCUCGACGACCCUGGCCAUUGGCUUGAAGACGACGCCGGCCCGCACGCGCACUACCGCGAGGCCUUCCUUCCCAUCAGCAUCGCUGCAGACGACGGCCUCACCCAGCGCGUUGUUGAUGCCGUGCGCGCGUAUCCGCAUCCAGUCAAUGGCAUCGUGUGUGUUAGUGACGUGCGGCUGCCGCUCGUCGCGCAGGCUUGUGAGAUUUUGGGACUGCCCACGUCCAGUUCUGCGGCAUAUUUCAGGGCGGGAAAUAAGGGUGUCUCGCGGGAGAUUGAGGCCGCUGCAUGUGGAGAGCAAGAUGGAUUUGUGCUGCAAACAGCGGAAGAGCUCGACCCAGUCCUGGCAGAGCAAGGGAAAGGACUGAAUUAUCCCCUAAUUGUCAAGCCUUGCACCGGUUGGAACAGCGACUGCGUAGUCAAAGUACGCGACGAGGGCGAGCUGCGGGCUGCUGUGAAGCGCGCAUCGGAUCGACACGCUACAUCUGCGGCACGGAGCACGAGCGUGGUGAUCGAGCCGUACAUCGACGGACCAGAGAUCGACGCAAACUUCAUUGUGUUGAACGGAGAAGUGCUCUUCUGUGAUGUGACGGACGACUUCCCCUGCUCCGCCGACAUCCCAGGGGUGGACAAAAGCAAAGCUGCCAACUUCAUGGAGACACUCAUGGACGUGCCCUCGGCGCUGCCUGUCGAGGAGAGGGCCAUGAUGCGGGACUCACUGGCCAAAAGCAUCGCGCGUCUUGGGUUCGAGUCCGGUGUGUUCCACUGCGAGGCCAGGGUCCGCGGGUCGCGGGCGUACUAUGCCGUCGACCCUGAUGCCGGGGUCCUAGAUCUGCGCAUACGGGGAGAUGUAUCUGCUGAAGCUCCGUCUUGCUAUUUGCACGAGGUUAACGCGCGCCCGCCGGGGUACAUCAACUGCGUGGCGGCCCUGCUCGCACAUGGCGUCGAUUACUACGCCAUACGGCUGCUGCUCAGUCUCGGCUCGGAGGAAGAUGCGCGAGUGCGGGCGCUUUCAAAGCCUUUUCUGCGUAGCAUCCCUCAGUAUACGCUGGGCAUCUCGGUACUUGCUCCUACUAAGGCAGGAUUUAUGGGGUCUGAUGAUGCGGUGAAGGAGUUCCUCGAGGCAAACCCCGAUCUUGAGCGCCAUGUUGUGCAUUAUCAGACUGUGAAAGAGAAGGGCGAAGUGGUACAGGGACCGGAGUCGAGUGAGUUGUGGUGCGUCGGGUACGUGAUCGUUGCGAGCAGGAAGGGAAGAAAGGAGUGCUUGAGACUGGAUCGUGAGAUUAGGGAGCGGUUUACGUACAGACUUAUGGACAAAUGA